GUUGCAUCUCGAGACGCAUUUUUAAGGUUCUUCUUUUUGUAUAUCCGUGAAAGUUUUAAUUAUACAGAAUGAUAUCUCCGCUGCCUUAUCGGUAUUAUCCGCGAAGACACCCCAAGCAAUGCCUACAUCGUUGUCCAUAAUACAAACACCUACGCCAACUGGUACGAGACAGCGCGUAUCUAUCCUUCGGCAAAAUUGUCUUGUGCGUGAUCAUCAUCGAUAUGCUUCGAACCGACUGGCAAUUCAUAUGAGUAUAAAAUCGAUUCACUCGAGACCUCUUUUCUACGCGAUCCUCUAUUUCCCACCAUCCGCACUAUGAAACUCACGGUGCGAGCGAAUAUAUAGAGAAAAUUCUUCGAGAUAUGGAGGACGUAGAUGUGAAA